ACCAGCAGGGACCCCCCCCCCCCCCCGGCCCCCACCCCCAGCUCUGCCGCUAAAACGCAAGCGAACAGCUGAGAGUUAAAAAGCUCCCCUGAAAUGUCCUGGACUGAUAACACCGUCGUCCUUUCCCGUCUCCUCCUGUCCUGUCUCCUCCUCCUCCUCCUCCUCCUCCACUUCCCGCUCCUGCUGGAAGGUUCCGACCAAUGGCAGCAGGAGGAGCGUUGCGCCGAGCUCAGCAACACCACGUGGCAGCAGUACCGCCGGCAGCGCCUCCAGCUGCGGGUCCGAUACCUGCUGCUGACCCGCCACAACCCCGAGUGCGCCCUGACCCUUGAGCAGGAGUCUCUGGGCAAAGCGCAGCAGAGGCGCUUUAACGCGUCCAAGCCCACCAAGGUCAUCAUACACGGAUACAGGGCACGAGGCAGCAAGCCGUCGUGGGCCCAAGAGCUGGCCCGGGUCCUGCUGGGGGUGCAGGAUGCCAACGUCCUGGUGGUGGACUGGGUCUACGGCGCCUCCUUCGCCUACAACGUGGCGGUGGAGAACUACAAGGAGGUGGCGGUGCAGAUCUCCGUGCUCAUCAACCUGCUGCAGAAACAAGGAUGCGCGCUGGAGUCCUUCCACUUCAUCGGGGUCAGUUUGGGGGCGCACGUGGCCGGCUUUGUGGGGACUCUCUUCCAGGGGAGGAUCGGGAGGAUCACCGCUCUGGACCCGGCUGGACCCAUGUUCAAAGGAGCCGACACGUUCGACCGCCUGGACCCGUCUGACGCUCAGUUUGUGGACGCCAUCCACACAGACUCUGACUAUUUUGGCAUCUCCAUCCCCGUCGGCCAUGUUGACUUCUUCCUCAAUGGCGGCCAGGACCAAACGGGAUGCACACGCUCCCGCUUCGCCUCCAUGUACGGCUAUGUCAUCUGUGACCACAUGAGGGCGCUGCACGUCUACAUGAGCGCCCUGAACGCCUCCUGCCGGCUGACGGGGAUCCCCUGCUCCAGUUACGACAACUUCCUGAGGGGGCGCUGCGUCAACUGUGACGCCUUCAAGGGGCAGUGCCCCACCAUUGGCUUAUCUGAAAAGUGCGGGAUCAGCGGUUCUCCCGUUCCCAGCGAGCAGAAGCUGUUCCUCCUGACCACGUCCCUGCCGCCUUUCUGUGCCCACCACAUCCUGCUGGUCAUGGAGGUCUCCGCCCUGAGUACAAGCGCCCAAGUGGAAGUCACGCUGACGACCGGCAACCUGGCCACCCAGCAGCUACUCCGGCUUCAGGCGGAUAAGAGCACGUACAGAAGCGUGCUGGCUCACCCCGUGGCGCUGUGCGAGAUCCACUCCAUCACGCUGAGGAACACCGGCGCUCGCUUCUACAGGCAGAGCGACGUCCACGUCAAGUCCGUCUGUCUGUCCCACAUCGCCUCCAUCACGCGCGAGGAGCCGCUGUGCGUCAACAACAUCAACGUCAGGCGAGGGACUCCCUGGUCACAUGACUUGGUGCAGGUGUGCGGCCCCUUCUGAGCGUCCAAGAAGACGGUGAAGCUGCCUCCAAGGGUUCCUACGUCAUGCCAAGUGGACAUCUUGUAUAGAUCAAUAAACUGCCUCUUCGCUCAUUGGCGGCCGACGCUGUCAUGUGGUUGGUUGGAGGUUCGUACCGGCAUGGUGGAUGCUGUAUUUGUAGAUUCAACAGCACUUCGUCCUUCUUCAUCUAAUUGGAUGGCCCUUGGGUUACGUCAACACGUGCAACUCUAAUCGAAACGCACUCAGGCCAAAGCCACUCCCGUGAGAAUCCCAUCAAUGAAUCCAUGCGUCUACAUGCGGAAAACUAUUCCAAAUGCAUAUCAACCACAUUGGAAGGGAGAAAUGAACAUUCAAGGUUUAGCUAACGGCAAAACAGGAAGGUGGUGUCCGUGUCCUCCAUGACGGUGAAGGUAACCUUCAACGGGCCCAAUUGGAGACACAGGUAGUCGCCAGUGUCAGCAUUUUGGUAAGGGAGGUUUUCCCUAACGGCAAAACAGGAAGGUGGUGUCCAUGUCCUCCAUGAAGGUGAAGGUAACCUUCAACGAGAGUAAAAAGUCUUGCCGUGAUG